GAAUCGCUAUUAUCUUCGCUGCACCACGGCACUUCACCACUCAACAACCAACCCACUUUACUUUGCUCUAACUCAACAACCCACCCCUCGAGGAAAAUGGCACCAACCCCCAAGCCCCUCAUCCGCCUAACCCUCCUCCUCAAGAAGCGCAACGACAUCACCCACGAGGAAUUCCACCAUCACUGGACCCAUGUCCACGAACCGCUCGUCAGUGCCUGGCUGCGCCGUCACGGGGUGAUCAGAUAUGUCCAGUACCACCAACUGCCCGAACUCCGCGCCAAAGCCACCGCCCUGUGGGAGUUUCUGGGUGCCGAUUCCAUCUCGGACUGGGAUGGUCACGCUCAGCUCUACGUGCCGUCCCUGGACUGCAUCGCCAACGCGCUCAACGACCCGUUCUACAGGGAGGUGGUCGUCCCCGACGAGGAGAAGUUCAUUUCAGUCCGGUCGUGCCAGAGGACUGUUGGGUAUGAAGAGUGCUUUAUCGAGGAUAACCGCCGGGUGGAGAGGUAGUUGCUCCUGUAGCUCUGAAGGAGAUUGAGUGGUUUAUGGUGACUGUGGGCGGAGCUAUAGGUGAUGGUGGGGAGGCUACAGAGGGCUAUCGUGCUGUUUUGUUCUGGAU